AUGACAUCGUUCACGCCCAACCCCAACUUUGACAAGGAGAACUCGAACCCCAAGGACUGGGCCUACCACCUUGGAUGCCUGCCUCAGAAGCACCACAUCGUCUUCACAAAGGAAGACUUCGUCCUUUUCCUCAAGCAGCACAAUGUUCAUGUCGGACCCAACUUUACCGAACUCUCCAAGCUGCCCAAGUACGCUACCAUCGGAAAGCUCACCGUCUCGGACAACGCGGCUCCCUCUGCUGACUCAGUAGCUGCCUCAACGUCGGCACCUCCGCAGGCGCCGCAGUCUCAGCAGCGCUUCGAGCAGAUUGAAGAGCAAUCGAAUGACAAGAACGUCGUCUACACCAGCUCGGGCGAGGUGUUCCGUCCCAGUCGCAAAGUUCGCCAGCUUCCCGGUGGUGGAUCUGCACAGGUCACCGCUCUCUUUGGCAGUGAGGCCGACCAGGAAGAGGAAGCACCUGCUCCCGUUCGCCGCGCCGCAGCUCCCGUGCCUGCUGCGCCUGCACCCGUAGACGACGGUUUCGAGCCCCUUGGCGCUGCCCCAGCAAGGCGCACCGCGAGCGGCAACAUUGCCAAGUCGCAGGAAUCCGCCUUUUACAACGACGUCAGUUCGGACAAGGCAGGCGUCUACGAGGGCGUUCGCAACGACGCUGUGAUGAACAACGGCUUCCGACCCACCCGCCGAGUCCGAGUGCCUGGUGGCACUGGCGGUCUCUCGAGCAUUGCAUUCGACUAG